AUGUCACUUUUGAAGAUGGUUCGUCAAUGGUCUUGGAGAGGCACAAUUUCUCAGCCGUUCGCCAUCAAAUUAUUCAAAGGAGUUUGGAACGCACACCCAAGAUUUGCCACUCGAACUGUGAUGGUGCAAAACAAUGAUGUUGAUGGAGCAUUUGGACUCCUAAACAGAUUGAUGGAUUCAGAAGGAAUGCUGAAGAUUAUUCGUCGAACACAGUUUUAUCAAAAACCGUAUAUGCAAAGAAAGUCACUUUCGAUGGAAGCUUCCACGGCAAUUUUCAAUGAAGACAUGAACCGAAAAAUGCGAUUUCUCGUUAGAAAAAAUCGUCCGGAUAAGCAUCCUGGACAAGUAACGUCCUGA